AAACAACCAAACCCCCACCACCCAACUCCUUCCUCCACCCUUACACACCACCGCCUUACCAUGCCUAUCCCUCCGCCACCACCACCACCAACGCCGCCACCGGAGUCCGACAGCUCCCUCGCGCGUCUCAUUCGCACAACACUCUCCUACGACACAAACGUCAUGCUCGCCGCAAUCAUCUCCCUCCUCCUCGUCAUCCUCUUCGUCCUCCUCCUCCACCUCUACACCCGCUGGUUCCUCCUCCAAGCUCGCCGACGAAGCCACAGUUCGGUCACCGUCCCACGCGUCUUAGGAUCCCGACUCCACCAACGCUUCACGAUCAUCGACACCACCAAUUCCGACCAUUCUUCCGGAAAAUCAGGACUCCCUAUCUCCAUCAUCUCAUCACUCCCUCUAUUCGUUUACAAACUUUCUUCAUUUGAAGAUCGCGAUUACGCGUUAGAAUGCGCGAUUUGUUUGUGCGUAUUCGAGGAAGAAGAGAUCGGACGGAAGUUGCCGGUAUGUGGCCAUGCAUUUCACGUGGAAUGCAUAGACAUGUGGUUGCACUCGCAUUCGACGUGCCCGAUUUGUCGGGCAGCGAUUCAGUGCAACCAUAGUCGCAAAAUCGAUCAUAUAGAGAUCGAGAUCACUAAUUUGGAACAUAAUUCGGAUGGAUUAACGAUUAAUAACGACGAGGAUUUGCGGUUGGAGAUUGUAACUAUAAGUAAUCGUGUCGAACAGCCUCGUGAAAUAGUGGAUGUCGCGUCAUCAUCUUCGAUUGGGGAAUCGCAAUCUUCGAACAAGUUGUUGAAUAGUAGCAGUAGCAGAUCUGGAGGUAAAGUUCAUCCAUCAUUAGUUGUUAAUGGUGAUGAAUGUGAGGGUUGAUUUUGAAAAUAGUAGAAUUACUCAUGGUAAAUUGUAAAAAAAAUAUGUAGUGAACAAUGAACAUGGGAUUUUUUGGAGUGAUCAAAGCGUUGAAUUUAGGGUUUUUUAUUUGUUAUGAAAUCAAGAUAUUUCGAUUUAUUCAAGUAAUCAUAGAUUGUUUUUA